AUUUCGAUAAUGAAUGCCAUAAUUUGGAACUGAAUCGAGUCUGAUUCCUUUUCAAGACAAGGAAGCAAAUAGGGGGUGCAGAAUCAAGUACAGACAUUGAUUUCGUUGUACAAAACUAAAGCAAUUCAUCUUUUGAAUAUACCAUCUCUUGAGUCUUGACUUCUCCAGUUAUUCUGUUCAUCUUCUUCAACCUGAACAACUAUGUCUUCUUCUUCUAGCAAGAAGAGUUCCAGAAUUUCUUCCUCAAGUCACAGAUCGACACUUUCCCUUCACAAGACUGAAAUAGUCAUCAAUGUUUACGAUCUCCUUCCUGCAGGCAAAAUUUCUUCAAUCCUUUGGAGUUUUGGUACUUCCUUACUUCACAGUGGAAUUGUUAUAAAUGGCAGAGAAUACGCAUUUGGAGGACACGAUAAAAAGGGAAAUACGGGGGUGUAUUGGCAAACCCCAAGAGUAGAACCACCUGGAGGAACUUUCCGAUGCGAGAUCGUCCAAGGAUUCACAUUCGCUCCUCAAGCUGAGAUAGAUGCCGUCAUCAAGGAGGCUUCAGUUAUCUUUCAAGGAACAUCGUAUAAUCUCCUUACAAGAAAUUGCAACCACUUUACGGCAUAUAUGUGCGAGAGACUUACUGGUCAGUCUGGGCCACCAUGGUUAAACAGAGCUGCCAGUAUAGGAGUCGCAUUACCUUGCAUGGUUCCAAGACAAUGGAUUACACCUCCAGAUUACGAAACUGCAGAUGGGGAGCUUGUUGAUGAAUACCAUGAUGAGCAAGCUCUGUUGAGCAACGCAAGACAUAGCAUGGAUGAUGGGCGACCAGAUUUAGGCGAUGAUGAGACGGAAUGGAGUUGUGAUGAGGACUUUCGGGCCGGGAAAGGAAACGGAAAAGAUGUCAGAGAUACAUCAGGCAGAGUGGUACCCCUUUCAGAGAGGGCACCUACGGCCAGGAGAUAAAUUGCACUUUAGGUGGAAGGAUAUAUGGGGGUACAGGCUUCUUCAGGCGUUUUCGGCAAAGGACAAGGAAGGAUAGGAAGGACCGGCGCCAAGGGUUCAUUUUAUGAUACCACUUUAUGAUGCCAUGAUUCUUCUAUUGUACAGAUUUACACAUCGAAUCGCAAUUAUGCACAGCAGUCUUUUUACCACCUUAACUCCCCAUUUAACCCAAUCUUCUUGGUUUCUUACUUCUCGUACCACCAAACUUCAAUCUUGUAGCAUCCGUAACUUUGACGACCUUUCCUCUCAACCAUCUACCUUCCGUACCCAAAAGAGCCUUAGUGACAGCCUCUCUUCCCGCACCAAAUCCUCUCAGAACUAACUCCAACUUGUGGAUAUCACGACCAAUAGCCCUCUCAUGGAUCUGCGUCAUCACCAAUGAAGCCAAUUGAAAAGCCGAAUCAUAGUGUUUCCUUCCCGAAUGUCUAAAUCCAAUAUUUCCACACGACAAUGAAAUGAUCGGUUCGCGAUUUGGUCUUGUGAGUGUGAUAUGGGUAUUAUGUCUUGUAGCAUAAACGUGAAAGUGAUGCGGUUCUUCCUCGAUGAUUCGUUCCCCAAUCAAAUUUCCAUCCGAAGGCAUUGUCGUAUCCAGUAAGCCCGGUCGCUUUCGUUCCUGCUUGUUUAGCAUCAUCAUGUCUUUGAAAACGCUUGUAAUGCCUAAGUUUCCUCCUGCGGCUGCCGAUCGAGUAGCCUUUGGGUUCAGCGAAGAGGAUCUGGCAGCUUUAGCUCUAGCUAGGAGACCAGCAGUUCCACCAGUCUUUAGCGUUGAGUGGUUGUGAGGUACAUAGUCGGGAAGAGGUUUGUCGUCGCCCUCAGCUUUUUGAUUUCGUGUACUAGAAAAAGGUCGCAAACAUCGGAGGGGCAAUGUUUGAGUGAUAUUCGCACAUUCUGAAAUCGAGGCGAAAGACGAUUGAGCCAGAACUCGCCGUGGAAGAGUUCGACUCAUAAUUGAUUGAAUAUCAAAAUCUGGGGAUUCAAUAUUGUAGUAUUGGUGGCUUUGAUAUCAAAAUCUAGUCGAAA